UCCACUAUCUGCAGCUACUACCAUUCGCUUGAAAGCGGUGAAAGUAAUGCACAGAGGUGACAACAGCAGGACAGUAGAUUAUAGGAUACGAUCAUUUAAUAGGGAUAGUGAUUUAUUUUCUAAAGCUUUAUUAUUAAUACAUUUUGUUGUUGAUAAGGCAUCAUCAUGUAUCCGGACUCGAGCCUAGACUUCGAUGAUUCCUCGAGCUCGUCUAUCAGCAGCAGCAGCAGCAGCACGAGCAGCACCGGCGCAGCAUCGUCUACCGGAGAUUUCCCCCCGUGUAGCCAGCCAUCUCCAGAUUCACACACGAACAAACCGUCAAUGGACAGCAACAUGUCGCGGGAUGUCUGCGGAGAAACAGACUCUCCAUGGCAGCCUCCCUUUGUUCCAACGGUGACUGCAAUCUCAACCUCCCUGGAUCUGCACUGGAUGUUCCAACAGACCACCGUCAUCACAUCAGCAUCAGUCUCCUCCUCCUCCUCCUCCUCCUCAUCCUCAUCCUCCUUCUCCUCAUCCUCCUCCUCCUCCUCCUCCUCCUCCUCCUCCUCCUCCUCCUUCUCCUCAUCCUCCUCCUCCUCCUCCUCCUCCUCCUCCUCCUCCAGUGGACGUGCAAAGCUUAGCAGAGCGCAUGGCGCAACCCAGUCGUCUUCCAGAGUGGAAGGCAGCAAGAAAGGGAAAAAACAGCCUUCAUCAGAAGAGGACGAGAGGAGAAAUAUCAGGAGAGAGAGGAAUAAAGUCGCUGCAGCCAAGUGUCGCAACAGACGGAGGGAGCUCACCGACACCCUGCAAGCCGAAACUGAUCAGCUUGAGGGGGACAAAGAGGCCUUGCAGACAGAGAUCACCCAUCUCCUGAAAGAGAAAGAGAGACUGGAACAGAUCCUAUCCACCCACCAACCAGCCUGCAAACUAGCCGUCGCUGAGGACGAUGUCGAAAAUGAGAUCGACAAUGACAUUGAAGGCAUUCUACAAGACACCCCAGAUUCUGCCCAGCUGCUCUCCAUCUUGGAGAAUGCAGACAAACUCCAACUCCCAGAAGGCAAUGCGACAGUAGUGACUGGCUCCAAGGGCCCCUUGUUCCAAGAAAUGGACACCGUCCCCAUCCCAAGCAUCUCCAUCUCUGCCUCGGCCAUCUUGGGUAACUCCAACAUCCUACUGUGCUCCAGUGCUGAGGAAGAACCCAUGGAGGACCUAGACUUCGACCAGGGUGACCUACAGGACCUGGUCCCCAGCCUGGAACUCAACAUGGCUGUGGCCCCUGAGACGGCCCCGUCCGUUCCCGACAUCGACCUCCUCGGGGGCCCCUUCUGCCUCUCAGACUGGGAGACCCUGUACAAGUCUGUGGCCAAUGAUCUGGAGCCCCUCUGCACCCCCACGAUGAUGUCUUCCAGUGACAGUCCUACAUGUAGCAGUUAUUACCGCUCUGUGUUUUCGUUCAAUUACUCCGAGAUAGAUCAUGUGGCUGAGGAGAAGGGGUGUUGUGAGAGCUCCGAGGGUCUCAAAGGAGUUGUUGGCGGUAGAUCUGAUUUGAUUAACGGUAAUCUCAAUUCACCCACUCUGUUGGCCUUGUGAAUCUGUUAUGAACUGGUUGAAGAAAUAGGGCCAGUUCCCCACACACAGAUUAAGCCUAGUCUUAUUAAAAAGUAAUAAUAAUAGCAUGUUCAAUAAUGAUUCUCCAUUGAAAGUGCUUUCCUAGUCCAGGACUAGGACUAGAUCUGUGUCCGGGAAACUGGUCCAUGAGGUUGAUAUUGAAUCAAUAAGCUAUGGUCUAUUUAUCUAUCUAUCUAUCUAUCCCCUGAUGUUUUGUUAACCUUUAACCUUUAGCACCAAAUUAAAUGAUUACUGUGACUGU